ACCUAUACGUACAUAGUUUGGUGUUAAAUGCCGAACUUUUCUCCAUGCAGUAACAACAUGGUUACUAUGGUAGAAACAAUUGGAAAAACAGGAAUUAAAAAAAGAGUUAUAUCUGCUGUACAGGGUGACAAACCAAGUUUUAGUGACAAAGGAAAAGCUACUUUCCAUUUCAAGACCAUUCAAAAUGCUCAUGACAUCAAGACCAGAAUUGUUCUGGAUGAUUCAAGAAAUUUUGGGAAACCGUUUGAACUUCUCAUGGGAAGAAGUUUCAAGCUAGAUUGCUGGGAAGAAUGUAUCAAAACUAUGCUUGUUGGUGAAGUUGCUGUGUUUUCAUGCCCAAUUCAAUAUGUAAUCGGAUAUCCAGCUGCUUCAAAAAGUUUGAGAGAUUUGUAUCUGGGCAAGAAUGUCAAGCCAACUCACACAUGUGGUAUGAAUUUGUUGGAUCAUGGACUUGGUUAUCAUGACCUGGACAAAUUUCAGAAGGAGCCUGGACCUCUAGAUUUUGAAUUUGAGUUGCUCAAGUUCGAAGAAUUUGGAAAUUAUCAAAGAGAAUUAUGGCAGAUGGAUGGAAAUGAAAUGGCAGAUGUUGUACCAAAAGCUCAUGAGGAAGGCAACAAAUUAUUCAAGGAAAAGAAAUACAAAGAAGCAAUGGAAAGAUAUGCGAAUGGCAUUGCUUGUCAACACAUUCAGAUGAAGGAGAGACCCGGUACUCCGGAUUGGUGCUCAUUAGAUGAAAAGCAAAUUCCAUUGUUGCUGAAUCAUGCUCAAUGUAAUCUCUGCAUGGGACUUUAUCAAGAAGUUAUCACCAAUUGUACUGAAGUACUGGAAAAAAUUGAUGGUCAAAAUAACUUGAAAGCAUUUUCAAGCGAGGCAAAGCGUAUGCUGCUCAACUGGAUGAAAAAGAAUGCCGAGCCGAUUUCGAUCUUGUUGUCAAACUUGAUCCAACGUUAGAAAAAGAUGUGAAAAGAGAGCUUAAAAAACUACAUAAAAUGCAGAAGGAACGAGAUUCCGAUUUAUCUUCACAUUUAAGAGGCAUGUUUGUCGAUAAAAAAUGAAAAAAACACUUGCAAAACAGCUAUUGAUAUUAAUCAAAUCCCAUUUAUAUUGAUAUCCAAUGUCCAUUUACUGAGAAGGAAAUGUUGCUUUUUCUGGCCUGCAUAUUAAAAAGACAUUCCAUGUGAACCAUUUAGCUUAGCGUAAAAAACAAUGAAAUUCAUAAAUGCUUUUUUGCCAGUACAUUUUACUUCAUUGGCAUAUGCUUUUCAAAUGUAUAUUCCUACUGCAUGAAAUAUACUCUUCAAAAGUUUUUCUACAAAGAAUUUGUGACACAUUUUUGAACUAAACUUAAUCCAUUUUAUGAUGCCAGUAGCGCAUUUUCAAGCAGUUACAGCAAUUCAUCUAAUCAUAUUUUGGAUGGAAAGUUUAGAACUACAUUGUGCUUACUUUACUUCAUGAAAUGAAAUGUUUUUUAGUUUUUACCACCAAUAAACUCUCUUUAUAUAUAUAAUCUUUCUAUCAUCGGGAUUGUAUUUACCUGUAGUCACAUUUUGCAAAGACAAUCCUGAAUAAGCGAUGCUUUGGAACGCAAGUAUACUGCUUUAUCAUCUAUUCUGACUACCACUUUCUACUGUAAAUGACAAGGGCUAAAAGUAUGGAAAAUAUGGAAUUUAUUGUGAAAUAUAUUAAGAAAUUGGUUUUAAUAAAAUAUGUAAUUUUAUAACAUGACAGUCCUAAAUAUUAGAUUUUCUUAUAUUUGUUACAGUGGAACACUACAUAUAUCAAAAAACGAUUUUGUAAUCUAAUUGAAAAUUGUGAAAUGUUUUUAUAACUGUCCUUUGAGAACUUGUGUAUAUUUUAAUACUUUUACUUACUCUCACAAAUUUGACUGAUUUUAUCUUGUAUUUAACUAUACUAUAUCAUCAAUUGUACUGCGUAAAGUCAAGUUUGUCAAAAAUGAAUGUCAUAAUUGUCAUUUCUUUCAACUUUCGUUCAAUCUCGAUGGAUUUGGCUUCUGUAUUGUGUCAUAGAAAUAACUCUGCCUUUAUUUAUAUUAUCUUCUGUACAGACUCGCAAUUGUUUCAAUGUUAUUUUUUUCUUGCCUGUUUUCUGUAUUGUUGCAUACUUUCAUUGUACGGUCUUCUCUAGUUCUGCUAAGAUUGUUUCCUAUUUUUAUUGGGGUGGAAGAUUGAAUUCAAAAUGAGGAAAUCAAUGAUAAACUAAUUUUGUUCUGUUACACAAUCUUAUGUCCACUCACAAUCUUGGAAAAUUUUUAUUAAUCUUGCUGAGUUAGAAAUGAGAAUAAGUUGCUGGCGUCUCAGAUAUUUGUAAAACAAGGCAAUAAUUUAUUCUAUAAAGAAAUUUGUGUAUUAUAAUUUUGGUCUUCAAAAUAUUCUUGAAUCAAUUUCUAUUUCUCCAAAUUUGUUUAUGAACUACCUUAAGCGUGCAUGUAACUCGGCCAUUUUAUAUGGGAACUAUUAUAUUUUAAGGUAGAAGGCUUACGACUACUAAAGAAAAAUUGGAGUUUAAAAUAAUGACUUCUCAAAAACAGUAAUGUUUAGUUUACCAACAAUGAAUUUAUUCUCUUUCAUGCAAAUGAAUUAUAAGAAGAACUAAAUUUUUAUGAUAAAAAUUCACUGAUAUUUUCAAUACUUGAUAUGAAAUAUUAAAUUUCACCAUUUUAUUAGUGCAUGACCAAUUUAUUCUUUGAAAACAUUACUUACUUGUCAUUAAUGUCCCUUUCCUGUAUUGUGACAAUUCAAUUUGUCUGGAGUUAGCCAUUAAUGGGCACUAAAUUGAAUUGAAGACCCGGCAUACUACCAUGUAUAUUUAGAAAUUAAAUUCUUGUAUGGCUCAUGCUUUUUCAUCGCUAGCCAUUUGUAAACUAAAGCCACACAAAAAAGUGUAUUUUGCAUGUUUUGCUCUCUCGUAUAGUAUUAAUAAGCCAAACUCUUUCAAAUAGAAGAAUCCAAAUUCAUUAACAAUACUCACAAAAAUGCUCUUUGGUGGUUCACCAUGUUGUAGGAGUAUGAUCAUGCGGUAAAGAAAGCAACGAGUCACAGUCUGACCACUUUCAGAUUUUGUUUUCUGUAUUUUUUGUUAUCUCACACACUUAUUGUCGGAUGGGCAGUUUGCAAUGAACUAAAUUGAGAAUCAUUGUCCGCAGAAUAAAUUUGAUUUAUGUAUAGAUUGAUGUGCCAUCAAUAAUUGCUUGUAUCAAUCCCAGAUACAAGUGAUUUUUUGUAAAUUUCACCAUUAGUUAAGUCAGUUUCGUCCAAAAUGCAGUCAGUUUGUACAAUGUUGCCAGAAUUUUUAAUGUUUAAUAUGUAAUAAAUGUACAUCACUUCUAAAA